CUCUGCGAUGCUGAAAGGUCCAGAGUGUAGCAGACUGCGCCCGGACCAUAUUUCCAAACGCACCCCUGUGUGAGAGGGUAGAGCGAAGCAAAACUGGGAACAACAAGGAGACAGUCAGUGGGGGAUUAUCGCCAAACUUGACCGACACGCACCGGUGAUAUGGUAUGCCGUCACGGUGUUCGUGUGGUUUUCUUGGCCUUUCGGACACCCCUGAUCGGGUCAACAUGGUCACUUUCCGGAUGAAAAUGGAAGGCCCGAGUCGGUGCUGAGUUUUGAGAUCGACGUGUGACGUUAGCUGGUGCGGCUAGUAACUCCUGCUGCGGCUGCUGGCGGCUUCAAACAACUUGUCAACAGCCGAGUCGAUCGAUAUUCCGAGCCCAAAUCGGAACUGUUGUCAACACGGGUCCGCUGUACAGUUCCGCCGCGGCUCGUCGCUGCGACGACAGACAGUGAAGCAGCAGCACUUUUAAAAGAGUGGGCCAUGAUUGCAACGUGACAGGAGGGGGGGCCCGCUCAGUGCGCUUCAACAGGAACCAUGGAGGGCUUGCAGGAAACUGCUGCUGAGCAGCACAACCGGGUAAACGGCUACCGCCAGCCAUGUUCACCACCGGAUACAGCCGAUGUCAGGUGGCCAACAUCCCAGGAUGAAUCCCAGGGCUCGGACAGCUGCGAGGGCGCGAGUGCAUCGGAACACGCGGAUCUGGAUGAGUCUAAAGGCCCCAAGAGCAACGGUGAGGACAAGGAGGAGCUAGAGGUUGCUUCCGGUGAGCGGGAGAGAAGAGAGAGUGCGGAAGAAAACAAUCACAGCAGUGCAGCAUCUAGCUACACCGACCUUUCCCACACGCCGUCGCCUUCGCUGUCCGAGCAGCUGCGUCUGGGCAAAGAAGACAGCACAACAUCUGGUAUCAGCGUGGAGUGUAAAGUUUGCGGGGACAAGGCAUCGGGCUUCCAUUACGGCGUACACGCUUGCGAGGGUUGUAAGGGCUUUUUUAGAAGAACUGUGCGCAUGAAAUUGGAAUAUGAGCGCUGUGAACGUUCCUGCAAAAUUCAGAAGAAGAAUCGCAACAAGUGCCAAUAUUGUCGUUUCCAGAAGUGCCUUUCUUUGGGGAUGUCUCACGAUGCGAUCAGAUAUGGCCGCAUGCCCGAGGCAGAGAGAAAGAAGUUGGUGGCGGGCCUGCUUGCAGAGGAGCUUAACCUCAGCAAACCGGGUGGCUCUGACUUGAAGACCUUGGCUAAGCAAGUCAACACAGCCUACUUGAAGAACCUCAGUAUGACAAAAAAGAGGGCCCGCAGCAUCCUGACGGGCAAGACCAGCAGCACUGCGCCAUUUGUGAUCUACGACGUGGACACGCUCUGGAAGGCCGAGAGUGGUUUGGUGUGGAGCCAAUUGCUUCCAGGCGCUCCCCUGACCAAGGAGAUCGGGGUGCACGUAUUCUACCGCUGUCAGUGCACCACAGUUGAGACGGUGCGUGAGCUCACCGAAUUUGCCAAGAGCAUUCCAGGGUUUGUCGACCUCUUCCUGAAUGACCAGGUGACGUUGCUGAAAUACGGUGUCCACGAGGCUAUUUUUGCAAUGUUGCCAUCUCUUAUGAACAAAGAUGGACUCCUGGUGGCCAAUGGUAAAGGCUUUGUGACCAGGGAAUUCCUUCGCAGCUUGAGAAAGCCCUUUAGUGAAAUUAUGGAACCCAAGUUUGAGUUUGCGGUCAAGUUCAAUGCUCUGGAAUUGGACGACAGUGACCUGGCUCUCUUUGUAGCCGCCAUCAUCCUGUGUGGAGAUCGCCCCGGUUUGAUGAAUGUGAAGCAGGUGGAGCAGAGCCAGGACAACAUUCUGCAGGCCCUGGACCUCCACCUGCAGGCGAACCACUCAGACUCAGUCUACCUCUUCCCCAAGCUGCUGCAGAAGAUGGCUGACCUUCGCCAGUUGGUCACGGAGAAUGCUCAGCUUGUUCAGAAGAUUAAAAAGACAGAGUCAGAGACCUCGCUUCACCCUCUUCUGCAGGAGAUCUAUAAAGACAUGUAUUAAAUUGCUCAGAAUACUGUUACAGAGCGAAUGCACUCUUGUCAGAACAAUACACUGUGUUCAGUUAAACACUGUUCCCGGUGAGGUCAUAGUUGUGUACCAGCUACAUGUACAUCUGGAAUAGGUUCUCUCUUUUCCACCAAGGUCAAAUCAUACAAGAGAAGUUUAUGAAUUCUUAUUGAAGCUGCUCCCUAAUAACAGGGGAAACAUUUCUUGUUACAUGUACACAUACUUGUGUGGUGCUGUGGAGAAGAGACAUCAGUGUGGGCAUGGUGCAUUAAGACAGGGGUUUUCAACCCAGUCCUCAAGGCACACUGUGGGUCCUGGUUUUUGUUCCAGCCGAUCCAGCAGAGACAGUUGAACCAAUGAGGCUUCUGCUAAAACAAGCCACACCUGACUGCAAUCAACUGAUUGCACUUGUAAAACACCAGAUUGGGGAAAAAGUGUUGUCAUCUUGUUUGGUAAGAAUGAAAUCCUGCACCCACAGUGUGCCUUAGUGGAAUAGGUUGGGGACCCCUGCAUUAAGACACAAGUGUUUCGGAGUAGAGCAAUUGGACAAAAAUGAUGAUGUGCAGGUUAAUUUUUUGUUUACAUCCUUAUCUUCAGUGAGUGACCUCCAACAAUUGACCGUGUGGAUACUACCCGGCACAGGUGCCUGUGCAAUAGCAUGGGCUAUAUAGACAGCCAAGCCAUUUAGCUAUAUGCAAUACACAUUGAGCAUCUGACCUGCUCAAGUUCAAAAGACACAUCAUGUUUUUAGUUAAACAUUUAUUUUUUUUCUUCCUUGUAAUUAUGUCUAAUUAUUUGUAAUUGUUGAUUAUAAUUGUCAAACAUGAACAUCAUUACAUCAUUGUAUGUAUUGGGCUUAUUUCUUACCUUUCUUCUUGGUUAAUGAAACAUACCAACUAAUAAGCAACUUUUCCUUCCAUUCUGCAAUAUGCUUAAUGUUAUGAAAACAGUACAGUUGUACAUGUUUUUUUUGUUGUUUUUUUUAAAAAGACAAUUUUCAUGUUAUUUCUUGUCAAUUGUCAUUUCCUUUUUUCACAGCAUCUUUCAUCUAUUCUACCUCUAUUUCACGACAAGAUUCCGCUGUCUGGUCUUAGCACUUGCCGUCUUUUGCCUUAAAACAUAUAUAAGCGGGUACAACGCAUUUCAAUAGUGGUUAAAAAAAAAAGGUGCUUUAAAAGUUUGGAGAAAAAAAACAAGUGCACCGGACGUUAUUGUGAUCUACCUCUGCUUGUCUCAAAUGUGCCAAAAAUUUCACAUGAAAUGAUCGUAAUGUAAUCAAUGAAAUAUCUCAUAAAAUACUAGAACUCCUUCCCCCUCAUGGUUAUUUCUGAUGACAGAAAAUGAUGCAAACACUUUUUCAUAUG